AUGCAGGACUUAGUCAUGGAAAAGCGUCUACUGGUGAGAGCAGUGAUGGGAGCACUCAACCCUGCAGACAUUGCCACCAAGAGACUCAGCGCAGCAAGGCAUCUCACAAAUCAACGACAACAGGGCCACAGCCAGGCACAGAUCAACCUUUUGAUUAGCGCCUUGAGCGUGCUUACUCAGCUUCAAGGGUGUUCUGACGCCAUGGAUUCUUUGGCAACUGGAGGAUGUUUCUUCAAUGCCGUGUUUUUGUUCACAUGGCUGCUGGGUUUGAUUGGCUACAUUUACCUGGCCAUCCGCCCUGGUGAACUCCUGAAGAAUUUUGAUUUUGUGAGCGAUGCUGAAACUUCGAGCACUGAUGCCACAGAGGAUCCAAUGGACAACAGCUCGAACAGCGAUGCCUCUGACCAUCCAGCUUGGUCCGAAGAAGGCAUGGUUCACUGGCUUUCUGAACGAUGUGAGAGGAGGCUGGAAAAGGCUGUUACAAAACAGGAUCCCACGAGGACAAAUCAGUACUUGGCCCGACAGGGUAUUCUGAGUGACAUGUUGGCUGCUUUGGAGGUGGCCACAGCAGAAACCAGGGGCCACAUCAAACAGGUCCUUGAGGACAUCACGGAUUUGUCAAGUGAUGAGGACUCACCCACUAUGAACACAGGUGGCCAUGACAUAGCUCUGAAUUCUGGAGUUCCGACAGGUAUUGCCACAGCUUUUGUGCAUGGAGUAGCUGGUAUGACCCUUUGUGGAUGCGACUUCGGUGACAUCGAAAUCUCCAAUAACAGCAGUGUGAUCCCUUUCACAACUAUGGUCUUGACUGCAUGGUCCUUGGCACUUGGUGGAUACACAUGGUACUGGUUGAGACAGCCUGUCAGGCCAGUGUUCUUCCCGCCAACGACCUUGGCGACACAUGCAGCUGAAGCUGAACCACAGGUCAAUGAGGACUUGCAACUUGAAGGGAGCCUGCUGGAGCGGCUGCGCAUGGCUGAGGUGAUUGCAGACACAUGCAACCUCAGCGAGGAUGAUGAGUCCCCGCAGCAUGGCUUGGGAGAAGAUGAAAAACAUCUUCAGUUGGCUGAAGCCGACAAGGCCUUUCGUGCCAUCAUGACUCUCCUCGAGUACGACAGGUUCGAGGAGGUGACGAAGCUGGUCGGACAGCUUGGAGGAGCACUUCGUGAGGUGGUGCCAGAAAGCCCCAAGUCUGAUGAGGAGAUGGCCGAAGAGACACCAGCAGAGAGAGCACAAAGGUAUAUGAACUGUGGACAGUCUGAAGCAUCAGACCCUGACCUCUGGGCAGACAUACACUACGGCCCGAGAAAUCGCCGAGAUGUGACACAGCCAGAGGAUGCAGCUACUGAAGCUGCAAAUGCUGCAGCUGAAGCCACAAAGGCCUUGAAGGCCCAACAAUCUUCGAGAUCAAGCUUCCAGGAGGCAUCAAAAGUUGUUUGUCUUCCUGAACCUUUUGGCAGUGAAAGCCAUGAGGACGACUUGGCACGAUGGCAGGACUUUCAAGUGAAUUUUCGAGCUUGGUUGUACUAUGGGAACCCUUUGUUUGAACAAGAUCUACAUAGAACUGAGCUGCAUGGUGCAAGUCCUAUUCCUGCUGUUUCUGGUGAACCUGAUGAGGUGCAACAGCGAUGCAAACAACUGUACAGUAUCUUGACAGGUCUUCUUCGAGGAAAACCUCUUCGACUGCUUCGACAGGUGACAGAGCGAAAUGGCUUUGAAGUUUGGAGACAGUUGAUUCAGUUGUACCUGCCCAAGACGAAAUCUAGGUCCAUAUCGCUGUUGUCAGCCCUCAUGAACAUCCCCAACUUCACCACCAAGGACCGGACACUUUUGGAUCAGAUUCUUGGUCUUGAGCGUUUACGCUCUGAGUAUGUGCUUUCAGACGAGACCCAGAGCGUUGCUGGCAGUGCUGCGCCUUCGACAGCUUCGACUUCUUUGCCUUCAAGUGCUAGUGCUGUGCGUCUCUUUAGCGCUAUGGCCUCACCUGUAAUUGAAGAGCUCUGCAGUGAAGAUUCUGACUUUGAGUUGCGCGACCUCACUGUUUAUGAUACCGGUGGCAACAUCAACAUGGUUUCACAUGCUGAAGUUUCAUUUGAUGACAACCUUUGCAUGGCCGACACAGCAUACAUGGAGCGUUUUGUGCACUUUGAUAUUUCAUAUAGUGAUGAUGAUGAUUCAUGGAUUUUUUGCAAUUCACCCAGCUUUGACUUGCUUUCCAGUGAUGUUUGCAUUUCUGACGAAGUGGACUGUAUUCGAGCAAUUGGGUCUACCAGCCCUACGCCUGUGGAGGUGGUGCUGGACUCUGGUGCUGAUGGCUCGGUUUUACCACUUGAAUAUGCCCACAUUGGUUUGCACGAUGAAAGUUUUCACAAGGACUCUGCAUAUGUUGAUGCCCAAGGUAAGCCAAUAAAUGUGCGGGGAGCUAGGAUUGCUGAAGUUCAACUAGGAUCAGUGCGCUUCAAAGAACGUUUCAUUAUUGCUGCUGUCACUUCACCACUCAUUUCAAUGGGUAGACUGUUGAAGGAUGGAUGGUGUUUGGAAAACAAUGGUGGUACUAUGAAACUUGUGAGAGCUGGCAGGAGCAUACCAGUUCAUUUCAAACGAAACUCACUUUGUGCACAUGGUAGCAUUAGGAUGCUGAAUGUUGUGGACGAUUCUUCAACGCCCACUGCCCAAGAGUGCAAGGAACACGUCAGAGCCCUUGCGUUGAGUGAACCACUUUCAAGUCUUGGUCGAGGUUGGAUUCAACUUUCUGAAAAUGUUUAUGCACUACGUAGUAUCUCACCUCAACAUGUUGAUACAACUUUUUGCGUGAGUGAUGCACUAUUGUGGUUGCGUACAACAUUGGUCAAGCAUGAUGAUGAUACAUGGCACUUGGAUGAGUUUUGUGAAAAUAUUUCAGAAAUGGACUCACGAGUUAGUCCAAUUGAGUCUGCAAAGAAAGUUGCGGAGGUGAUCACAAUUGCCCACACGGAGUUUGUUCCACCUGAGGCCCUCGGUUUUUCAGUUUAUGAUGAUGCGGUUGUACCUGCACUCUCAAGUUCUUUUCGUGCUUCAGCUUCAUCCAGUUCAGCUCCAUCUUCAUCUGCGCCCAGGCCUGCAGCUGAUGCCAAUGCAGCGCCUGACCCUGUUCCUGCUGCCGCUGAUGAACAAGAACUGCCAGUGGCUGAUAGAGAAGUUGGUGUAGAAGUUAGAGAAGUUUUGAUAGAUGGAGUCAAGCUGGACAGCAACUCAUCGUUGAACACUUUGAGAGGUGCAUGCGAUGCCCUUGGACUUUCGAAGGGAGGAGGCAAGGUCAAACUAUUGCAAAGACUUUGGGAACACUUGCAAGCUCAAGAACUUAUUGCAGCUCACUCUGCAGAACGCAACUUGCAAGGUGAACAGAUGAGACCAGCUAUAGGCCAACCAGUUCCUGCUGAACCAACGGAAGCGCAACGUGCCCAGCACAAUUUGGUGCACUACCCAUAUGCUGCAUGGUGUGAACUUUGUGUUGCAAAUCAUGCCAGGCAAGAUGGACAUGAACCUCAACCACAUGUCGACUCAGGCCACAGUUGUAUUUCUUUCGACUUUGGCUAUGCUGCACGAAACGAUGAUGAUGACAAAAUUUGUGCACUUUUCUUGCAUGGCAGGCACACUGGUGCCAUGCAUACGGUGCCUACACCCCAGAAAGGUGGACGUUGGCUCAACCACCUAUGCACGGAGUUUUGCAGGUUCAUACUUUGGCUUGGUCAUGAAACAAUUUCACUGAAGUGUGAUCAGGAGCCUUCGACUUUGUCUUUGCUGGAGGCCGUGAGGAAAACAUGUAGGUGCUUGGGAGUCAAAACAAUUGUUGAGACUGUUGCCCCUGGCAGCCAUGCUUCAAACGGAGCGGCAGAAGUCACAGUGAAGCUGCUUCGACGUCAGGCCAAUUUACUGAUACAACAACUGGAACGUGGCUGUGGAAUCCCAGAAGGUACAAUUGGAUGUCAACACCCUUUGUAUUCAUGGUCACUUCUUCAUGCGGCAUGGUUGCAUAACAGGUACGUUGUGAAACAGGGACACACUGCUUAUGAACUUUGUGCAGAUAGGACCUACAGUGGUCGAGUAGCCAUGUUUGGUGAAUGUGUCUUAGGAUUACCUACGACAGUCAGCCAAAGGAGCCCCACAAUGGACGAAAGGCAUUUGGCUUGGGAAAACAAUCAACAAUGA